AUGCCCACCUUAUCCGGGUUUGGGGCUCUUUGGCAGCAAUUCUUCCCACCAGCCCCCGCCUUCAUGGAAAAGGAUAAAUUGGUCCUGGGAGUCAAGUCGGCAAGGUCUUUAUCAUCACCAGUCCUCUAUCCUACCGGCGCUACCAGUUACCUCGCGGAACGCUUGCUCACCAAACUCCGGGCUACUACAGCCGAAGUUAAUUCGACUUUGCCCUCUCCCACAACCCCAUCGAAUCUUGAAUAUAUAUUUCUCAGCCUCUCCGAUCUGGAGAUAAGCAGACCAGAAGCGGCGGUAUUAGCAGCGCAGGACCCGCGCCUGGAUAUUCUGUGA